ACAACUAAACCCACUGAGGUUUUGGUUUCUCGUCGAGCUCGUCCAAAUGCUCGACAACGUUUCUUCAGGUUUCUUCGCCGUUCCAUGCCACAACUACCAUCUCAUUAACGAUCUCCUUCUUUCUUCAGCUCGCUCCAAAUCCACUGCUAAAGGACUUCAGCUUCAUGGUUAUAUCGUCAAAUCAGGCUUCUUUCUCAUCCCUCUCAUCGCUAACAAUCUCAUCAACUUCUAUUCCAAAUCCCAGCUCCCACUCGAUUCUCUCCGAGCUUUCGAAGAAACCCAGCAAAAGAGCGCCACAACUUGGAGCUCCAUCAUCUCCUGCUUCUCCCAGAACGAGCUUCCAUGGAAGUCCCUUGACUUCCUCAGGAAAAUGAUGGCUGGGAACCUCCGCCCUGAUGAUCGUGUUCUCCCGUCGGCUACUAAGUCCUGUGCGAUUCUCAGUCGUUCUGAUAUCGGUAGAUCGGUUCACUGUCUCUCGAUGAAGAGUGGGUACGAGUCGGAUGUCUUCGUGGGGACUUCUCUUGUCGACAUGUAUGGGAAAUGUGGGGAGGUUGCUGAUGCGAGGAAGGUGUUCGACGAAAUGCCUCACAGAAAUGUUGUUACGUGGAGUGCGAUGAUUUAUGGGUAUGCACAGAUGGGUGAGAACGAGGAAGCUUUGCUGAUGUUUAAAGAAGCUUUGUUUGAUAAUCUUGAAGUCAAUGAUCACUCGUUUUCAAGUGUCAUCAGUGUCUGCGCUAACUCGACCCUUCUUGAGUUAGGUAGACAGAUUCAGGGUUUGUGUAUUAAGUCCAGCUUCGACUCGUCUAGCUUCGUGGGAAGCUCUUUAGUCUCGUUGUAUUCAAAAUGUGGUGUUCUAGAAGGAGCUUAUCAAGCCUUCCGCGAGACCCCCGUGAAGAAUCUAGGGAUUUGGAACGCGAUGCUCAAGGCCUGUGCGCAACACUCGCACGUUCAAGAAGUUAUAGAGUUGUUUAAGAAGAUGAAACGCUCUGGGAUGAAACCAAAUUUUAUAACUUUUCUGAACGUGCUCAAUGCUUGUAGCCAUGCGGGUUUGGUUGAUGAAGGGAGAUACUACUUUGAUAUAAUGAAGGAAGAAUAUAGAAUCGAGCCGACGGAUAAGCAUUACGCUUCCUUGGUGGAUAUGUUGGCACGAGCUGGUAAGCUACAAGAAGCCCUCGAAGUCAUCACGAAUAUGCCUAUCGAUCCCACGGAAUCUGUAUGGGGAGCUUUACUCACGGGCUGUACACUCCACAAGAACACAGAGCUUGCAGCGUUUGCAGCAGACAAGGUCUUUGAACUAGGACCAGUGAGUUCCGGUAUGCACAUUUCGCUAUCCAAUGCUUAUGCAGCCGAUGGUAGAUUCGAAGACGCAGCCAAAGCUAGAAAGUUGCUUCGAGACAGAGGGGAGAAGAAGGAAACAGGACUAAGCUGGGUUGAAGAAAGGAACAAAGUUCAUACAUUUGCAGCUGGAGAGAGACGACAUGAGAGGAGCAAGGAGAUCUACGAGAAGCUGGCUGAGUUAGGGGAAGAGAUGGAGAAAGCGGGUUACGUUGCAGACACGAGCUUUGUUCUGAGAGAAGUGGAUGGAGACGAGAAGAAUCAGACAAUAAGGUAUCAUAGCGAGAGAUUAGCUAUUGCUUUUGGGCUGAUCACGUUUCCGGCGGAUAGGCCGAUCAGGGUGAUUAAGAACCUGCGAGUGUGCGGGGAUUGUCAUAACGCGAUCAAGUUCAUGUCGGUAUGUACGGCAAGAGUGAUCAUUGUGAGAGAUAACAAUCGGUUUCAUCGGUUCGAAGGUGGCAAGUGUUCUUGUAAUGACUAUUGGUGAAGGACAAAUGAGAAUUGGUUUAUA